GGCUGAGCCAUCAACAGGUGCUUGGGGGCAAGAUCUGACCCGAUUGGGACUCAGGCCUGCCACCCCCUCUGUUUAAAAGUAACGCUGCAAAUCUCCUUUCAAAUGAAAACCCAGCAGACUUUACACCUGUAUCAAGAAUGUUCCUGGUCAGAGGGCUCAGUGGGCUGACAGAGAGGCUAAUGGGUGUUGAAUCAAACAGAGGAUACCUCAGGAGGUCAAUCUCUGGUGGGGGUGGAGAAUUCUAACAUGAGAUGGAACAGGCAGGAUGCCAGCCAGUCUAGCUGUGGAUUUCUGAAUGUGUGAGAGAGGCGGGGAGGUGGUGGUUUUCCACUAGUUGUGUGAGGUGUCUCUUGUAACCAUUGCACGUGGGCAGCUGGACUGCUCUUGUUUCCAGCGAGCACUGGAAAUUCCUCCCCCUCCUCCGUUCAGAAAGGGAUGCUCCAGACUCGCGGCUUCUUUUCUUUCCAGGCUAUUGCCCUGUACUGUUAGUCUUCGCCUGUUCUCAGGCUUUCAUCGCCUUUCCUUCCUGGGAGGCCCGCUAUCCUGUCCUGUCUUUUCUCUAAAUGACACUAGUGGCUCCAAAAAAAUGAAGUAGUGAAUAGGGGACAGGUGGGGGUUGAUUCCUCCAAGCAUAGGGAAAUAAAUAUUGAAAGACAUCCUCCAUGCAUUUCUUUAGAACCUUUCACUCGGCAGCAUGGGAGUAGCUGUCUAGUGACACUCAGGAUCUGCACUGUAGAACUGUUCCUGCAUGUUGUAUCAUCAUUUUUCCUGCAUGCUCUGGACCACGUUUCCUGCAUGCACCAGGGAUGCCAGGCCUGCUGUUGCCAGUCUGAAAGGGUCCCUUAGAAGAAACUUCUGCAGUCUCCCAGUGCAGCAAAAAUGGCUGCAAAGCAACAUGGGGUUCUUCUGACUGGGGGUUUGCAACAUUCUGAGUGCUACACGUUGUGUAGUCAUGAUCUAGGAAAUGCUGACAAAGGACAAGAGGCACCAUGAGGGUGUGACGGGGAAUCUCCUUGUGAUUAGAUCCUACCUGUGGGCCCAGUAUACUAUCAACUGAGAAUGCCUUUGCUAGCUGGAGAAGCUUCUGAACCUUUAAAAAAAAUGAAGAAAAAACACCCUGCUCCCCAGUGCCAGUGAGGUUCAGACUGAGUUCCUGGAGAUCUAACCCUUUGUAAUUCUUGUAGUGCUAGUGAAAUGUGCUGGCUGCCAUCCCUGGAAAGUGAACCAGCCACAGGGCAGGCACAACAUGCGGCUCAUCAUCCCCUGCCAAUGCGUUUCAGCUUCACUCAGGAGGAACUUCCUUUAGGGAAGCGAGGAGCUUGCUCCCCAUGGCCCAUUCCAUCCUUGGUCUCUUCCAAGAUUGCCAGCAAGGGCGUGGCAGUGACUUGUGGAACUGACACCAGUCCACCAGCUCUUUCCAGGUCUGCCACUGAACAGGUGUCAGCGGAAUGAGUUUUGAACACUAACAGCAUGGUCUGGUUUUGAACUGCCAACUUCAGAGUGAGACUGAAUCCUGUCACCAAUCCUCUUUUGCCAUUGCAGCCCCAUGUAAACCCUCAUAAUGUACUAUGACAGGUCUCUCUCUCUGGCUGCUCUUGCAUUGUUGUGCUCAACUCUGCAGUGGUUAUGGGGUAUGUUCUGUCACAAAGAAGACCAGGCACUUUAGUUUUACUGCGAGGUAAAUUUUUCCAGAGGUCAGCUGUGGGUGGGGUGGGGUUUCCUGACUGUUUAUGUGCUUGAUGUGUGUUGUGUUUUUACCUUGGGAUAGCCCACACAUAUUAAUCAUCCUGAGGUAAAAAACACACCACCGUUAGCACUGAAGACAGGACCCAAGCCACAUGCAUUGCUUAGCAGGCAUCUUUUUAAACUCUAAAGCUCUGACAUAUGUGAGAGCAGUGCUGUAACUUUUACUGAAUUGAAUAGUCUUUCUUGUUCCACGCCUGCACCUCAGGAUACAGAGCUGGCAGAGAGAAACUUGGGAGUGGUGUGAUCUUAGUGACAUUCUCAUAGUUUCCAUGCAUUCCAGCAGCUCAGACUUCUGGGAAGGUUUUUUUGUGUGAGUGGUGUUAGUUAAAAAUUUCUUCUGCAGUCAGUAUAAUGCACUUACUGUAUUUACUGAGCAGAUGACUUAGGUUGUCAGUUUUAAGCAAGGCAGGAGGUGGUUAAUAGGGUGUAUAUUUGACCCGGAGCUGUUUAAAUAUAUUUAAUCUGGAAAAGGGGGUUGGACAGAGAAGUGGCUGCAUUUGCAGUGGAGACAAACAUUCGCGGGUUAGUUAGAACUAAAGGAUUAUGAGGAACUUCAGAGGGACCUAACAACAUGGUAUCAAAUGAAAUUCACUGCAGCUGCCAAGCCCAUCUAAAAAGACAGAGGGGUAGCAGCUAUGUCACACUCCAUCUUCCCAAGGGGACUGUGAGCUCCGCUGCCCGUGAGCGUUCGGCGUGCCCUGUUUGCCGGCGCCUGUUCCAGGUUACUCCAGCGUGUUUCUGGGCCUGACUAAGGAUCGCCUGGUCACCAUGAUCCUGGGUUUGAGUCCCCGAUGCCCCCUCCUGGUGAUGCUGCUCUACCUCCUGGGCAUCUCCUGCCAGGCGCGGGCUGGCACGGACGCCUCGCCGCAGCCCGCCGUUACUGCAGCUUCCUUCCUGCAGGAUCUCCUGCACCGGUACGGCGAGAGCGACGUGCUGACCCUGCAGCAGCUCAAGGCCCUGCUGAAUCGCCUCGACGUGGGGGUGGGGCACGAGAACAUCUCCCGAUCGGAGCCGCAGCGCAGGAACCUCUCCCGGUGCUUCAGCUCCUCCGAGCUCUUCGCCACCCACAACCUGAGCGAAGGGUCCCAUGUUGGCCCGAGCAAGUUCCAGGAGUUCUGCCCGACCAUCCUGCAGCAGCUGGAGUCUCGGGCGUGCACGGCAGAGAACCUAGAGAAUGAGGAGAACGAGCAGACGGAGGAGGGGAAGCCCAGCUCGGCGGAAGUCUGGGGUUACGGUUUCCUCUGCGUGACCGUCAUCUCCCUCUGCUCCCUGGUGGGAGCCAGCGUAGUGCCCUUCAUGAAGAAGACCUUUUACAAGCGGCUGCUCCUCUACUUCAUAGCUCUGGCGAUUGGAACUCUCUACUCCAAUGCCCUCUUCCAGCUCAUCCCCGAGGCCUUUGGAUUCAACCCUAAGGAGGAUCAUUAUGUCUCCAAAUCUGCAGUGGUCUUUGGGGGCUUUUACUUGUUCUUCUUCACAGAGAAAAUCCUGAAGAUGCUUCUCAAGCAGAAAGAUCAGCACCAUCAUGGGCACAGCCACUACAGCCCUGAGACCCUCCCCUCCAAGAAGGACCAGGAGGAAGGGGUCACUGAAAAACUGCAGAAUGGGGACAUGGAUCACAUGAUCCCUCACAGAACCAGUGAGCUAGAGUGCAAGAACCCAUCUGUGGAUGAGAAGAUCAUUGUGGGCUCUCUGUCUGUCCAGGACCUGCAGGCUUCCCAAAGUGCGUGCUACUGGCUGAAGGGGGUGCGAUACUCUGACAUUGGCACGCUGGCCUGGAUGAUCACCCUGAGUGACGGGCUCCACAACUUCAUCGACGGCCUGGCCAUCGGUGCCUCCUUCACAGUGUCUGUCUUCCAAGGGAUCAGCACCUCCGUGGCCAUCCUCUGCGAGGAGUUCCCCCACGAGCUGGGUGACUUCGUCAUCCUGCUAAAUGCCGGAAUGACAAUCCAGCAGGCGCUCUUCUUCAACUUCAUCUCGGCCUGCUGCUGUUACCUAGGACUGGCCUUUGGGAUCCUGGCCGGCAGCCACUUCUCUGCCAACUGGAUCUUUGCUCUGGCUGGUGGGAUGUUCCUCUACAUUGCAUUGGCUGAUAUGUUCCCAGAGAUGAAUGAAGUGAGCCAGGAGGACGAGCGGAACGGCAGUGCCUUGAUUGCCUUCGCUAUCCAGAAUGCAGGGCUGCUGACCGGAUUCAUUAUCAUGCUGCUGCUCACCAUGUUCUCAGGCCAGAUCCAGAUAGGGUAGGGACCGGCCUGGUUUGAUUGGGCUUUCCCACCCGCAAGCACACGGACUGACGGCACCUGUAUGAGACAUCAGCGUUGCAAAAGCACUACAGAAAAGAGGCAUUUUUUUAAAACUAUCCCAUAGACUUUGUAUCGUUUAUUUCAGGGGGGCUGAUGAAGCUCCUGGCCCUAGAUCUAUAGUGACCCAAGGACCUGUAUCCAGUGUAGCGUCCCUUCCUCUACUCUCCUUGCAUCAAAGGGACUCCUGGGAAGGACGUGUGAGAGGAUCAGGAGAAUGGACUCUCUGGCUGCAUCGCCCCCUUCAGAGAGCUCCAACCAUGGACAUUACUUCUUCCCUUCCUCUUCGGGUGGCUGCGGAUGGGGGAUGGAUGUGGUGUCAGCGCUGGACGGGAGGCCACUUUACCAAGGCAGACGCUGUGCUUGAGGCUUGUACUAGUUCAUCCCUCGUACUCCAUCCCUCCACGGGCAAUGGAAAUGUGAGGCAUAGGAACAGCCGUGGGUCCCAGGACAGCCCCAGUAUUUACAUGCAUUACCUGUAGCCUCCAAUGCUCCGGUUGUGCAGGUAGCCGGUGUUUCUCUUUAGCAUGGGGAGCAUGCCUGCCUUUUGGACCUAAAUAUGGAGUCGAGAGUGGCUCUCUUUCCUCCAAAAGCUUCACUUGCCAGCGUCUCUGCAGUGUGCGCUGGGCUGGAGGAAAGGGGCGAAGUGUGAAAGUGAGAUGAAGAGGUCUGGGAAGGUCGCACAGGGAGAGGGAUGAGCAAGAACGUAUCCUGCUGCUGUGCUGGAACGAUCCUUUCCUGGCACAGGUAGUGGAUACUGAACUGGGCAGGCAGCCUUGGUUUCCCUGCUCUCCUAGUCACAGCUGUUGCUGCUCUGGUCUCUUCCCACUGGCUGCAUGGGCAGCACUGAAGAUACCAGGGCAGGAGAAGUGUUUGACAUGCGGUCAGACUGGCUUCGGGAGGGGGAAGGGGGGAGUUAUGCUGCUCCUGUAGGGGUUUAAUGAACUAUACAGUUGCAUCUGGUGGUCAGAAUUACUGUAAUGGACGCUUCUGGGUGGCUUCCAGGAGGUAGAACAGCCAAACACCGCUGCCCCUUGCAGGAGUCCCUCCACAAAGAGGACAAGUGCUUAGAUCCCUCCAUCCUAACUCGGGACACUUUGAGAGCAGAGGGAGCGGAGCCGUGAAGCGCAGCUGCUGCAGGAUCUCACCAUUGCAAGGGAAGAGCAUGGCAGCUGUAGUCAGACCAGGGCGGUGUGGAACACCAGUCCUGGUGCCAGUUUCUCAGGCCUUCCUGCGAGAGCGAUCCUUACACUGUGACCAGGUUCACUUGGAAUUGGACAUCUGGUUUUAAACACUGACACUGCUGAGUUUCAAGGUUUUUUAAAAAUACUGUACGUUUCUUCAGGGCACAGGGUCCCAGGAACACAAGCUGUGGAACUGGAACCCAGCUCUGGGUAGCAGUAAGAGUUGGGAAGGGAGUUAAAGGCAUUUCAGAGCUCUGCUUCUGGGCUAGCUUUCCUCUGAUUCACUAGGUGAACAGACUUAUUGUUAAUGUUUGGUCCCUUCAGCUUGGGCAGGGAAUGAGGUUCCAGACUCUGCCUCCCAUGAUUGUGAAUUUAUGGCUGCUGACUAACAGAAGUUCCUGCCUCUGCUACUAGCGUGUUGGGUGACCUUGGGCUAGUCACUCCCCCCCCCCCCCUUCUGUGCCUCAGUUUCCCCAUCUGAAAAAUGGGGAUAAUGAUGCUGACCUCCAUGGUAAAGUGCUGUGAGAUCUACUGAUGAAAAACACGAGAUAAGAGCUAGGGAUGAUGAUUAUUCUUAUUAUUUCUGUGAGGGGUGUCGAGUUUGUUGCUGCCACUCUGUCUCUUGUGAUCAUUCCGUCUGCCUGAUUGGCUGCCUGGUGCGUAAAGGAAUAGUUGUUGUCCAGUCCCUUGUCUUGUAACUUGUUGGUUGAUGCACAAAGUUGUGUUGCCUUGUUAUGCUGUCCUCAUGGCAGAGGCUGAGCAGAAGCGAUUCCUGAUGGUUUCCCCCUGCACCCUCUUCAGAAGAAAGGUGAAAAGCCUGUUUGCUUAUCAUAUCCAAUGCUUUCACACCCCACACCUCAAGGAUUUAGGCCCCUCUUUGGUAAAUGUGAGCUAGGCAGCUACACCCAGGCCCACUGCCUGCCUCCCUUCAAUGAGGGCAAGCUGACAUAGGAGUAACUCCAAAGGAAUAGAUCUCAUAACCAAAACCACCUGGGACAACAACUGGCAGGCACAGCGCCUCCAGCAGGAUCAUGACUUGCUUUGACUGCCUUCUAAUGCUUAACUUUAACUUGCUCAGUAAAGACUGGACAUCAAACCCCAGUCUGCUGUAGCUGUCAGUCAUCUGUUCCAUUGCACUAGCACAAUUGGCUCUAAUGGAGAGAUACAGCUGGGUGUCAUUUACAUAUGGCAGCAACCAUAGUCCCUGUCUCAUUCAUAGCACUGAGUGUCCUUGUAAACAUGUUGAACAGCGUAGAAUCCUGUAGUACCUGUGCAAUACAGACUUUUGUUCGCAUGACCAAUUAUCCAUAAUAGCCUACUGGGCUAUCCUAUUUUAAAAACAGUUUCAGAGCAGCUCUGUUAACUUGGGCAAAGGACUACAACCUUGUCAAUAGUAUCUCAUGUUUACUGCCUGUAUCUUAGGUAGCUGGCGUGCUGUCUUCCUCCACAGCCAGGAGAAAGUCUUUGCCCCACGCCAUUCUUGCUUUUUAUGGCCCAGACCUAAAUCCUAGUUAGUUUACACCAUCUUUUUAUGGUGCUUCACCAAAGAAUGCUUGAUAUGGGUUCACCCAAACUUUGCCAACUCCAUUUCACCAAACCCUUCCUUGACAUGUUUAUAAAAAGACUAGAAUAGGGGCCUUUGGAAAGCAGCAGAACCAUCUCCUUUCCCCUGGGAAAACCAUCAUUGUGGGAUUCCUGCUGCCCAGUUGAGAGGUGAAUGGAAUAGGAUGGCACUCUUCUGUGAGUCACACGGGGAAAAUUUUUGGUCAGGCCAGCUUCUGUCAGCAGCAGCUGACCAGGAGAAGUUCUCAUUGUAACAGUGAGGAGGCCAGCUUCUGGGAACAGUACUUGAGAGGGAAACGGCCUAUGAUCAAAAAGCAUGCACUACCACUGGUAGGAGAGCCGCAGCGCUGUAUCUGAAUUAAGUAAUGUCUGAGAGUGAGAGAUUAAACCCUGUCUUAAGGGGAAAGGUCUGGGCUGCCUAUUCUCUCUCUAGGAAGUAUUUAGAAAGCACAUGCCAUCUAGUGAAGUGCUUCUCAAAGCCGGGCCGCCGCUUGUUCAGGGAAAGCCCUUGGCGGUCCGAGCUGGUUUGUUUACCUGCCGUGUCUGCAAGUUCGGUCGAUCAUGGCUCCAGGCCAAUGGGGGCUGCGGGAAGGGUGGCCAGCAAGUCCCUCAUCCUGCACCGCUUCCUGCAGCCCCCAUUGGCCUGGAGCAGCGAACUGCGGCCAGUGGGAGCCUAACCUGCGGACGCGGCAGGUAAACAGACUGGCCCGGACCGCCAGGGGCUUUCCCUGAACAAGCGUCGGCCCGACUUUGAGAAGCACUGAUCUAGUGCAUUCCAAAAGGGAGAAGAUGGCUUAGCUUUUUCAUAGUGCCAGAGCUCUCUCUGGCAAGGAUGGUUCAAUGGUACACGGAGAGGAGGCACUGCACUGCCAGCAUCUGGGAAAUCUGCCCCUCUCCUGGAACAACACCCUCCCCCCCCCCCCCCCCCACCCCAUCGUCCUUAGUAACAAACCAAAACUAGAAACUAAGCUGUGCUCCAGGUGGUAGAAAACUCUAGAAGAACUGAUAUGUAAUUUCCUCUGGGCUGUUCCAAGACCUUGAAGAUAACAGAGUAAAUCCUGAGUCCUUUUCUCUAGUUUCCCGUCAAAGUGUUCUUGGGAGCUGACUUUAUCAAGAAAUUUGCAGGCUGGAAAUUUGGGUGAAUUGCAGGGGGUGCAAAGACCUUCAUAGGAAUGAAGCUCCUGUUAGAGAGUUACCUAUGAAACCCUCUAAAAACAUUCUCUACAUGUGUAGCUGGGGGAAGCAGGUAAUCAAUGCAUUAAUUAAAAGGGGUGCUUGGAAGAGGCUCCUGUCUCUCGUUUGUGCAGGAUGGUACAAACCGGAAGGAGGGAGGGUGUGUGUGGGAGGAACUGGAGGGAUGGCUGAGAAAGGAAAUUGACAUAAAGCUGAGCUUGUGAGUGUUUUUAUUUAUAUUUCCCUUUACACCUCUGAUUAGCAACUCAAGUUCCAUCUCAGUAUUUUAAUAUCUCAGGUGUUAUAAGAAAUACUUGUCGAAACACUUGUUGAAACAAAGAACAUAACUUAUGUCUUGUGAACUGUAAAGUUUAUUUGUAAAAUUCCAUAAAUUAAAAUCUAUUCUGUAAUGAAAGAGAA